AAAACUUUGUCAGGUAACAAUCAUGUACAGUGACGGAACAUUUUAUUCGUGUCCCGGAUUGUUCAGCCAGUUAUACACACUCCAUGGUACCAGAAGUAGCCAUGUUGGACUUUGAAGUAGCUGCCCGAAACGCGAUAAAUGCUGUGUUCCCACUUACGACAGUGAAAGCCUGUUUUUUCCAUUACACGCAAUGCAUUUGGAGAAAGACACAGGGAUGUGGGUUAGCUGCGCGUUACAAACAGGACGAUGAACUGAGAAAGUUGGUAAGAAGAGCUGCUGUCCUACCCUUGGUUCCGACCCGACAAGUGGAAGACGUUUGGUUCAAUGCUCUUGAUGAAAAUGAGGACAACAGCCCAGAGGUUACCCGUUUCAAGGACUAUGUCACAGAAACGUGGGUGGAAGGACAGCAGCUGGACCUGUGGAACCACUAUGACAACACAGGGCCUCGUACAACUAAUCAUGUAGAAGGAUGGCACAGUAAAGUAAACAGGAUGUGCAAGCAUGCACACCCGAACAUUUAUGCGAUUGUAAAGUUGCUCCAGAAAUUACAGGCUGCUGACGAGGUUAGGAUGAUUCAACUGCCUGCUGGAGGAAAAUCACGUCCAAGAAAGAAGAAGUAUCGACGUUUGGAUGAGCGCCUUACUCAGCUCAAGGACAGGUUCCAGAACGGACAUAUUAAUGUGAACACGUAUGCUGAUUCAGCAUCCCACUUACUCCAUUUAGACUGAGAUAGUGUAUGAUAUGGUCAACACGUGCAUGUUGAUUCAGCAUCUCAAAAACUGUUUAGCUCAGGUCUUCAAGAUUGACCCAAAAUUUUAGUGCUUUAUAUAUGUCAUAUUUAUAUGUAUUAAUUGUCUUUUAGAGGUACAUGCA